AUGCGACGAUCGAAUGCUCGUACCCUUGAUCCAAAUCACAACACUACCAACGGUAAUAUGGACUCGAUCAAGCAUCAAUUCCGGCCAAACCCACCCUUCCGAUCCAGCAAUCUCUUUACCCACCGGAGUCCUAAACACAACACCACAAACACGAGGUCAAACAUAAUUCUCUUCACAGUUAUUGCUCUGAUUCUGUCAUUAUUGUGGUAUUUAUUUAUUUUUUCGGCAAAUAAUCUCAAUUCUGUGAAAAAGAAGUACGGGAUUGUGAUCGAUGGAGGAAGCACAGGGACACGAAUUCAUGUGUUUGGGUAUAGGAUUAGGAAUGGAGUGUCGGAGUUUGAUUUUGGCGGGGAGGGGUGGGAUUCUAUGCGGGUGAAUCCGGGGUUGUCGGCGUAUGCGGCGGAGCCGGAGGGGGCGGGGCGAUCGGUGGCGGAUCUGGUGGAAUUUGGGAGGAAAAAAGUGCCCAGAGAGUACUGGAAGGAGACGGAGAUCCGGCUAAUGGCGACCGCAGGGAUGAGGUUGCUGGAGAAGGAGGUGCAAGAAAGGAUUUUGGAGGCUUGCAGGAGUGUGUUGAGGUCGUCGCAGUUUAAGUUUCGGGAUGAUUGGGCGUCUGUUAUUUCAGGCUCCGAUGAAGGGGUAUAUGCUUGGGUUGUUGCUAAUUAUGCCCUUGGCACUCUUGGAGCAGAUCCUUACCAAACUACUGGAAUUAUUGAGCUUGGUGGUGCUUCUGCUCAGGUAACGUUUGUCUCAAGUGAGCAUAUUCCUCCUGAAUUCUCUCAUAGAAUCAAAUUCGGGAAUUUCUCUUACAAUCUCUACAGUCAUAGCUUGCUUCAAUUUGGUCAGAAUGUUGCAUUUGACUUACUGCGGGAAUCCCUUGGUACGAGGGGCCUGGAAUUGGGUAGGUAGAAAUUCUAUUCCUUUUGCUGUUGGUCCUUUAUACAUAAUAUGUCUCGUGAAUCUUUAGAAUAAUGAAUUUGGCUUAUUGUGAGAGUUACUUGCUGUUAUCGAUCAGAAAAGCAAAACAUGCAAAUUACUUGUUUUGAAUUGGGUAAGAAGAUACACUUUUACUUGUGCUAGUGGUUCUAUGCGAUUUAAUUUAAGGAUCUCUGAACACCUGUUGUCUGGCCUGUAACCUAAAUUAUCGAAC